AAAGAUGAUCAACAACUCAAUGUCGGGGCCGAUUCCAGUGGCGUUUUCUGCACUAACCAACCUAACUGUCCUCCGACUCGACGUCAAUAAGCUCACGGGUUCAAUUCCCGCUGGCCUCUCAAGACUCGUAGCACUAACCCAGCUUAACCUGAAAGACAAUCUGCUCACAGGAGCGAUUCCCCCGUCUCUCUCUGCGCUCAAGGCCAUGCAAACGCUGGACUUCCGGAACAACAAGCUCAGCGGCACGAUCCCCUCUCAGCUGAGCGCUCUCACCAACCUGGACGGGCUCUAUCUAAGCAACAACACGCUCACAGGGGCCAUCCCAUCGCAACUCAAGACCCUCACCAACCUCCGCUUCCUCUUCAUCGACAGAAAUGCCCUCACAGGAUCUGUGCCGGCUUCAGUCUCCUCCUUCGCCUCGCUCAUUUACCUGAGUGCUUCUUACAACAAGCUCUCAGGUUCCCUUCCUGCCGGCCUCAGCUCGCUUGCUGCACUCCAGUACCUAGGCCUGGCAAACAACACACUCACUGGAUCGAUACCCUCUGCCCUCUCCUCCUUGGGCUCUCUAGCCAUUAUGUUCCUCCAUCACAACUCGCUCACAGGCUCGCUGCCUCUCCAGCUCUCUGAGCUCACCUCCCUCUUCUCCCUGGACCUUUCAUACAACAAGCUCAACGGCACUCUGCCUCCCAUCUUCACCAGCAGCAUGCAAUUUCUAGGCUUCUUGCAUCUGUCUCACAAUUUCUUCACAGGCCCGCUGCCUUCCAAUCUGGCCACCUGCCAGUCGCUAUACGAGCUUGACGUCAGCAACAACUAUCUGAGUGGCAUCGUGGCCCCUAUCAUCAGCUCGCUGACGUCACUGCAGACGCUAGAUCUCUCCGUUAACUACUUCACUGGCCCAGUCCCUCCCAUGCGCUCAGCCCCUCUCAUCCUACACUACAGCAUCCACACCAACUAUUUUUUCGGCUCGGGCAACAUUCUCGACCUCGCCGGAAAUUCCAUCUGCCCGAACGCCACCUCCUCCGUCCAAACCGCCAACAACUGCCUCCAAUACGCGUCCGACACCUGUACCAGCGCCACCAGCACAGGCGGUAACCCUGUUACUGUAACCGAGGCGCAGCGCACCGCAGCAGACUGCAGUGCUUUUUGCUCCACGAGUUUCGGGCUGGUUACCACUCCGGGGAGUAACGCGCAGUGCACGUAUGGGAUCGGGGUGUGUGUGGUCAGCGCGGUUGCGGUUACCACGGCACCCCCACCCUCUCCACCACAUCCACCUCCACUCCCCCCUCAACCGUCACCCCCGCCCCCGCUUCCCUUCCCCCCACCGUCACCCCCAUCCCCCUCCCCCCCGCCAACUCCCCCACCUUCCCCCUCAAAUCCUCCCCCAUCUCCCCCUUCUCCCCCACCCAACCCUCCCCCAUCUCCCCCUUCUCCCCCACCCAACCCGCCCCCAUCUCCCCCUUCUCCCCCAUCCCCUCCCCCUAACCCUCCCCCAUCUCCCCCCUCUCCCCCACCUAUACCUCCCCCUUCUCCCCCAUCCCCUCUCCCCAACCCUCCCCCAUCUCCCCCUUCUCCUCCGCCCAAGCCUCCCCCAUCUCCCCCUUCUCCCCCUUCUCCCCCACCCAAACCUCCCCCUUCUCCCCCAUCCCCUCCCCCCAACCCUCCCCCAUUCCCCCCUUCUCCCCCACCCAAACCUCCCCCUUCUCCCCCAUCCCCUCCUCCUAACCCUCCCCCUUCUCCCCCUUCUCCUCCGCCCAAGCCUCCCCCAUCCCCCCCUUCUCCCCCACCCAAACCUCCCCCUUCUCCCCCAUCCCCUCCCCCCAACCCUCCCCCAUCCCCCCCUUAUCCCCCACCCAAACCUCCCCCUUCUCCCCCAUCCCCUCCUCCUAACCCUCCCCCAUCUCCCCCUUCUCCUCCGCCCAAGCCUCCCCCGUCUCCCCCUUCUCCCCCUCCCAAACCCCCCCCUUCUCCCCCGUCUCCUCCCCCCAACCCUCCCCCAUCUCCCCCUUCUCCCCCACCCAAACCUCCCCCUUCUCCCCCAUCCCCUCCUCCUAACCCUCCCCCUUCUCCCCCUUCUCCUCCGCCCAAGCCUCCCCCAUCCCCCCCUUCUCCCCCACCCAAACCUCCCCCUUCUCCCCCAUCCCCUCCCCCCAACCCUCCCCCAUCCCCCCCUUCUCCCCCACCCAAACCUCCCCCUUCUCCCCCAUCCCCUCCUCCUAACCCUCCCCCAUCUCCCCCGCCCAAGCCUCCCCCGUCUCCCCCUUCUCCCCCUCCCAAACCCCCCCCUUCUCCCCCAUCUCCUCCCCCCAACCCUCCCCCAUCCCCCCCUUCUCCCCCACCCAAACCUCCCCCUUCCCCACCAUCCCCUCCUCCUAACCCUCCCCCAUCUCCCCCUUCUCCUCCGCCCAAGCCUCCCCCAUCUCCCCCAUCUCCCCCUUCUCCCCCACCCAACCCCCCCCCUUCUCCCCCAUCCCCUCCCCCCAACCCUCCUCCAUCUCCCCCUUCUCCCCCACCUAAGCCUCCCCCUUCUCCCCCAUCCCCUCCUCCUAACCCUCCCCCAUCUCCCCCUUCUCCCCCGCCCAAGCCUCCCCCUUCCCCCCCUUCUCCCCCACCCAAACCUCCCCCUUCUCCCCCAUCCCCUCCCCCCAACCCUCCCCCAUCUCCCCCUUCUCCCCCACUCAAACCUCCUCCUUCUCCCCCAUUUCCUCCCCCCAACCCUCCCCCAUCCCCCCCACCCAAACCUCCCCCUUCUCCUCCAUCCCCUCCCCCAAACCCUCCCCCCAACCCUCCCCCUUCUCCCCCACCCAAACCUCCCCCUUCCCCGCCUCCCUCCCCUCCUCCUUCCCCUCCCCCACGCCCCCCUCCCCGCCCUCCUCCCUCCCCUCCCCCUUCGCCUCCCCCACGCCCCCCGCCUCGUCCCCCUCCCUCCCCUCCCCCUUUCCCUCCCCCUUCUCCCCCACCCAAACCUCCCCCUUCCCCGCCUCCCCCAUUUCCCCCUUCGCCUCCCCCACGCCCCCCUCCCCGCCCUCCUCCCUCCCCUCCCCCUUCCCCUCCCCCACGCCCUCCUCCCCGCCCUCCUCCCUCCCCUCCCCCUUCGCCUCCCCCACGCCCCCCGCCUCGCCCCCCUCCCUCCCCUCCUCCAUUCCCUCCCCCAUCCCCCCCUCCUCGGCCUCCCCCUUCUCCUCCCCGUCCUCCCCCUCCUUCGCCCCCCCCGCAUCCACCACCCGCCCCGCCACCACCACCCAUGAUACCAAUAUUGGAGUGCUACAGGACAAGCCUCAACAAUCAAUGCAAAUGUUUUUGCCCGUACUUCAAUCAAUGCUAUUGCCUACAAUAA